GGACUAAUUGCAAUAGAAUGUAUCUGUAAUUUAGAUGAACAAUAAGAGACGAAUAAUUAACAAUUCCAAAGCUCAAUGCAAUCGUGCCUAAAAUAUGCUUUUGUGUAGCCAACAUCUUGUUCAAUAAUAUUGUCGGUAACUGUACCAACCGGCCGCCAACGCCUCAAAACGACGGAGUACCGUAGCGUCAUCGGCGCGCCUCCCGCCAUUCGACGCUAUGGCGGCGCGCUCACAACUCCUGCGCACAGUGUUCAAUGGCCAACAAAUCCGUAAGCUGCACGAGCUUAAGAAGAAGGAUAGAGCGGGUGUGGUUAGACUGAGAGAAGUAUUGGAUGACAGGUUGCAAGAGAUCAAAAAGGCCAAGACAUGGAAACACGAGAGGGUAUUGACCUCGCCACAAGAUACUAAGGUAAAAGUAAGAGGGGCAGAAGGCCAGUUCCUAAAUUUCUGCGCAAACAACUACUUAGGUCUUUCUAAUCAUCCAGAAGUAGUAGAGGCAGCACGCGAAGGACUAAAAAAUUAUGGCGCAGGAUUAAGUUCUGUGCGAUUUAUUUGCGGAACACAAACUAUACAUAAGGAAUUAGAAGAACGUCUAUCUAAAUUCCACGGUAGAGAGGACACUAUACUCUAUGGGUCGUGUUUUGAUGCAAACGCGGGUCUAUUCGAGUCAAUGCUGUCACCAGAGGACGCCGUGUUCUCAGAUGCGCUCAACCACGCGUCCAUCAUAGACGGUAUUCGUCUGUGCAAAGCGCAGAAGUUCCGGUAUCCCCACAGAGAUCUCAAUGAACUGGAACAUCUGUUGGCCCAUAGUGAAGCGAGAUUGAAGCUGAUCGUGACGGAUGGCGUAUUCUCUAUGGACGGUACAGUCGCACCCAUCAAGGGUCUCCGCAAUCUGGCAGAUAAAUACCGAGCGCUACUCGCGGUCGACGACAGCCACGCUACCGGAUUCUUUGGUGAAACGGGACGGGGAACAGAAGAGUACUGCGGUGUGGCGGGCGCGGCGGACAUCAUCUGCUCGACGCUGGGCAAGGCGGUGAGCGGCGCGGCGGGCGGCUACACCACGGGCCCGCGCGAGCUCGUCACUCUUCUUAGGAACGUCUCCCGCCCUUACCUGUUCUCUAACGCACCACCACCGCCAGUCGUAACCGCGUCUUUGAAGUCACUAGACCUAGUAGAGAACAGUGGUGAGCUCCGUCAGCGGCUGCGCGAGAACACGCGUGCGUUCCGUGCGGGGCUGCAGGCGGCCGGCCUCACUGUGGCGGGGGACGACCAUCCCAUAUGCCCCGUCAUGGUCGGCGAGGCGCCGCUCGCAGUCGACCUCGCCACUGGAAUGCUUGAACGUGGCAUAUACGUGGUGGCAUUCAGCUACCCCGUGGUGCCAAAAGGCGGUGCCCGUGUGCGAGUACAGAUCAGCGCCGCGCACACGACACACGACAUAACGCAGGCUGUGGACGCGUUCGCGGAGGUCGCUAGGAACGUCGGCAUCGUCAAACCAUAGACAACUGUUUAUUAUCUGUAUUGAGAAAACUGUAAUUUGAAAUGUUAUGCUGUAAAUAAAAAUUAACUACGCAAUCAAUUAA